ACCGCCAGCCAGGGAAUGUACAACACCCUUAUGGUUUCCAGCUGCCAAAGGGAAAACAAAGAUAUGGAUGUAAUGAGGCCCUUAAUAAAUGAGCAGAAUUUUGAUGGGACAUCAGAUGAAGAACAUGAGCAAGAGCUCCUACCUGUUCAGAAGCAUUACCAGCUUGAUGAUCAAGAGGGCAUUUCAUUUGUACAAACUCUUAUGCAUCUUCUUAAAGGAAAUAUUGGAACUGGCCUUUUAGGACUUCCAUUGGCCAUAAAAAAUGCAGGCAUCGUGCUUGGACCAAUCAGCCUUGUGUUUAUAGGAAUUAUUUCUGUUCACUGUAUGCACAUUUUGGUGCGUUGCAGUCACUUUCUCUGUCAGAGGUUUAAAAAGUCAACAUUAGGCUAUAGUGACACUGUGAGCUUUGCUAUGGAAGUAAGUCCUUGGAGUUGUCUUCAGAAGCAAGCAGCAUGGGGACGGAGUGUGGUUGACUUUUUUCUGGUGAUAACACAGCUGGGAUUCUGUAGUGUUUAUAUUGUCUUCUUAGCUGAAAAUGUGAAACAAGUUCAUGAAGGAUUCCUGGAGAGUAAAGCACUUGUUUUGAAUAGCACCAAUUCAUCAAAUCCAUGUGAGAGAAGAAGUAUUGACCUAAGGAUAUAUAUGCUUUGCUUUCUUCCAUUUUUAAUUCUCUUGGUCUUCAUUCGUGACCUGAAGAAUCUGUUCAUGCUCUCAUUCCUUGCCAACAUUUCCAUGGCCGUCAGUCUUGUGAUAAUUUAUCAAUACGUUGUUAGGAAUAUGCCAGAUCCCCACAACCUUCCAAUAGUGGCUGGUUGGAAAAAAUACCCACUUUUUUUUGGUACUGCUGUAUUUGCUUUUGAAGGCAUAGGAGUGGUCCUUCCACUUGAAAAUCAAAUGAGAGAAUCAAAACGCUUCCCCCAAGCAUUGAACAUUGGCAUGCUAAUUGUUACAACUUUGUAUGUAACAUUAGCUACCUUAGGAUAUAUGUGUUUUCAGGAUGAAAUCAAAGGCAGCAUAACUUUAAAUCUUCCUCAAGACGUAUGGUUAUAUCAGUCAGUGAAAAUUCUAUAUUCCUUUGGCAUCUUUGUGACAUAUUCCAUUCAGUUCUACGUUCCAGCAGAGAUCAUUAUCCCUGUGAUCACAUCCAAAUUUCAGGCUAAGUGGAAGCAAAUCUGUGAAUUUGUGAUAAGAUCCAUCUUGGUUAGUAUUACUUGUGCCGGAGCAGUUCUGAUUCCUCGUUUAGACAUUGUGAUUUCCUUCGUUGGAGCUGUGAGCAGCAGCACAUUGGCCCUGAUCCUCCCACCUUUGGUUGAAAUUCUUACAUUUUCUAAGGAACACUACAAUAUAUGGAUGAUUCUGAAAAAUAUUUCUAUAGCAUUUACUGGAGUUGUUGGUUUCUUGUUAGGUACCUAUGUAACUGUUGAAGAAAUUAUUUACCCUUCUCCCAAAGUUAUAUCUGGUACUCCACAAAGUCCCUCUCUAAUUAAUUCAACAUGCUUUACAUCUGGUUUGAAAUAGUUGACAUGGAAUUAUGAGUCUUCUACUUUUGUCUCAAUUCUGAAAAUGAUUAAGAACUAGAAUACAUUGCCAUUUCCUUAAAAUUAGAACCAAACUGUUUUCUUUUGGCAUAAUAUUGAUAUUUUGGCAGUAAAUUUCAAUUCUUUACCAACAGUGGUAAACUAUUAUAGAUUCUUGGUUUUAAAUAUUAGCAAUAAAAUUAAAAUUAAAACAUUAAUUAAAAGACUUCUGUUAUUCUUCAUUCAGCCAGAAAUACUUUAACCAAGAUCCUUUUAUCCUCAUGCUACUAUUUGCCACCCAGCUGAAGAGAGAACAGGAUUCAACAAUAAGAGAAUUAAAGGAUGUAAGUAAAACUCCAGACCAUCCCAGUGAAUGUCAAAGCAUAUUUUGUGUAUAGUGUAAAAAUAUCUCGAUUAUUAUUUUUUUUUAUUAGAGAGCCAAAUACUUAUGAUUAGCCCUUGGAAGUAUAGAAAACUCUCACUAACCAUAAUGUUAGCAUCAGAAAUCCAUAAAACCAGAAUUAUUUUUACAAUAUUCUGUCAUGGUAGUUGAUCUCCAUAAUGAAAACUACGAGGCACUCUACAAGAUUCUGCCUUGGUGUUUCAAUUAAAUUUGAAAGAGACUUUAAAGGUUACCCAAUACAAUUCCCUUAUUUUUUACCUGAGGAAAUUAAUGCCCAGAAUGGUUAAGUAACUUGGUCAAGAUCACUCAGCCUUGAGAUCAAGAGAACUGAACUUUCAAUUCCUAGUCCAGGAUUUUUUAUUUCUCACAUCACAUCUAUGAAAAAGAAUAAAUUAAGUUCAGUUCAGUUUAACUUUAGUGUUGAGUCCAUUUAAUUAUUUUUAAUACUCUGAAAGCCAGUGAUCUUUGAAUAGCACAUGUGACCUGAGCAGAAAACCAACUCUAAAAAGCCUGCACUUCAGCCAUAUAAACCUCAACAAAGAAAAGAAGCAAUUUAAAAAACAAAAACAAAAUAGAAACCACUUGCUAGUUUAACUGCUGGCUGGUAGAAGGUGCCAAGCUCUUAUUUCUCUCUGUGGUGUGAGCUCUUUUUAUUUCUUCCUUUCGAGGUUGUUUUAGGCACUAUCCAUUCUUCUUAAUGGCAGAAAAUAGAUAUCUGACAAAAUACAGGAUAUUUUUUCAUUGUUUCCUGCCCUGUGGCUUUCCUUUUAUUGAUCAGAAUGGGCAGAAUAAACAAAAAGAUAUUCAUGCUUAGGAAAAAUAAAGAUAAUAAUAAACUGUCUACUAAACAUUGAGAUACUCUGUUUCUUCCAGAGAAAUACUUCUCUCUAUUCCAUGUUCUUCAAGCCCAGUUAUUAGCCAAAACAAAGAAACUCAGUUGAUGGAGGAUUAAAAUUAAGUGUAAAACUAAGAAUCCUGAUUUUUAAAAAAUUUAUAAUUUAAAACAUGUUGAACUUUUUAAUAAGGCUGGUGGUACUCUAAUUUGUAAUAGUACAAGACAUCAAGAUCACUGUCGUAUAUAUAUUCUAUAUUUUUAUAUGUAAAUGUUAACUUAGUUCAAGUAUAUUUUGCUUAUAUCAUGAAUGAAUCAUCGAGUAAAAUCCUAAAGAAAUAUCAGAAGCUUUAUUUUGGUACAAAUUCAUAUGAAUCAAACUCUUUUUUAAACAUUUGCAUUGAGUAAUACCAAUAAUUGUUUGUGAUACUUUUAUGUCAAACAAUGUAUGUUGAACAUUUAGUCAUGUUGAGAAGAUAUGAAAGAAGUUAUAGGAAAAGUAAUCAUUAAAACUAGUGUUAUAUAAUUUUGAAUCUAAGAAUAAAUCAGGAGUUUUAAAAAAAGUUCGGUGGUAUAAACUGACUUCAAAAUCAUUAAUAGAAAGCACUAUUAAGUUUUUGUCAGCUGUUUUUAAUAUUUCUAGUCCUUGUAUGAAAUUUUAUUUUAUACAUUCACCUGUUUAUUUCCCUUAUGAAUUCAUCUAAUUCAAUGAAAUUUUGAUUAGUUUAUCAUAGUAAUAGAUAAAAUUUAAAUGAAUAAAUGUUGAGCACAGUAUUAAUUAGGCUUUCUCAUGAAGUGAGUGCUUAACUGACAUCCAGUACUUAAUUAGCAAUACUUUUAGUACAAAGAAAAGUUGAAGUGCAGAAGAGGGGCUAAAAAGGGAGAAAGUAGUUUUAAUUCUUAAGAGGAAACACUAUUUAGAUGUAAAUUAUAAAUGUACUCUUAUUUAAGGAUUCUUUGAUGAUGUAUUUUAUUUGUAAAAAAUCAGUGGGCAAUAUUUUUCCUCUCAAAAUUUAGUUUUAAUGAGUCAUAACAUUUUCUAAAGAUUUUUGGAUAAGAUAUAUUUUUUAGACAAGCUUUUGCUUUUAUAUUAGGGCCUGGAAAAAUGAGUGAUUGCACCUGCCAAAUCUGUGUUUGGUAUCUUUGCUCCAUUACAUUAUGGCUAAAAUUACUUCAGCAUUUCAUCUGCCACCACCAUAAAGUCCCCUCUUCUCUGAAAGCUGAUCAGGUGCCUGAGAGCCUUUCCUAACUGGGGUGAGGGAAAGGAAAGCUUUGAUACCCUCUGUUUUAAGUUAUCACUAGUCCCUUACAUUCAAAAGGGCUUCACCAGUUUUAAAACUGACUUGUCAAAACACUGGUUCUCAGACAUUUUUUAUCAGAGAAUCUUCUUUUCUUGACAUGGCCAGACUUCUCCACAAUUAAAUAAGAACUAGGGUUUUUUUCUUGGUUAAAGACCAAUUUGUAUGGCGUUACCAAAUGAAAGAGGUAUUGUAUUAGCAAGUGCCACAUGUUUUAAUUCUGUCCUCAGUGGAUUCUCCUUUAUUAAAACCAUUUCUGCCUCUCACCUAGGAUGCAGUUAACAUUUUAUAAGCAUCUUAUGCAAUAUGCAUGUUGUAAGUUUCUUAACAAGGUCUAAUUUCAUAAUAGUUACAGAAAAGCUCUCUAACUACAAAAUACUCUAAAAUAUUACUUGAAAUAUUAAUUGAAGUUCUACAUUAGUGCCAUGUCUUCUGUGGCAAAGCACAGGUUUUCUGUAGCUUACCUGUGGCACCUCUUCACUGUAGACAUCAGUCAGCAUAGCAUCAGAAUAGUACGUUUGUUUACUGAUAUCUAUACCCAUUGGGUCUUGGCCUCAGUUCUCCUUUCUCUAAAAGGAAGAAGAUAAAGAAUAUAGAUCAUGGAAAUAAGUAAAAUUAACACCAGUGGCUCAAUGAAUAUUUUCUGUUGAGGAAAAAAUAAUUUGAUAAAAAUAUUGACCAUUGAUAAUAUAAAAUGAGAUUUUAAAAAACUGAGCCUAUUUUUAGUUUCCUGGCUCAGCUAGUUUCCCCUUCAUACAAAAAUUUGAGAAAUUUUGAUUUUAAAAGUAUAACCAUACAUUUCCUAACAUUAAAUGGCUGACUGUAAUAAUUAAUACUUUAGCAAUAUUAUGGUUAAUCUUGUUUAUGCCACUAGUGCUCAUCUGGCUAAACGACUUUCUGCAAGUGAUUGGUUCUUACCAAGGAGAUAAGAAAACAUGCUUAAGAAAUGUCUAGGAAUGCUAUAUAUUGCUGUAUGAUAAAUGGUAAAUAUUCUUAAAAAUUAGCUAGUUCUUAUGCACACACAUCAGUGAUCUAUUUGAACUAGAUACUAAUACUAACGUACCAUUUAAACUGGGUCCAGAAAGAUGAUGUGUUGAAGUAUCACUCAGAAAAUUAUUCCAUUAGCAUUUUCUUGAUAAUAUAUAGGAAAACACGUUUAUGCCAUAAAGAAAUUAAGCUGUGGAUUUUUAUUUUGCAAAAUGAUUGUGUUAGUUUGAGUGAAAACUAGAUGUCAUUGCACUUGAGUCAAUUCUGUUUCUUUUAACUUAUUUUUUUUUAUAAUUUGAAAAAAUGCCUUGAACUGUAACUUCUCAAUUUUCAAUAAAAUAUAUUAUUUUGCUUGCAAA